AUUCAUUAACGCUACGUUGCUCUCUUAGCGUAAUGUCUGACGCAGCAAAAGCUUCACUUUGCGGCACGUCAGCGCCGUAUAACCGGUAUUCCUAAAGUGCAGCGUUAACAGCGUAGUUGCGGCCUGGGCCGGCUGACUGAGGCUGACUGAGGGAGAGGAAUGGGAGUGGAAAGACCGACUCGGGGGAUUCCCCCUGGAAUAAUUAAUACAGUGUAAAGAGCAUUAAUGUGAAGGAAGAAAACUGACUCCCUGGGUAACAGCAGCGCUUUCAGCUCAUGGAUCCGGGCCAAGCUGCAGUCAGUAUGCAGGAUGAAUCGGACGGCAAGGCAGCCGCGGUUGUGUUGGGGCGAGCCCUCAGCGAGCCGGACAGAUUUGCCUAUGCCGGCCUUUGUGGCAUCUGUUUGUCUCAGCUGUUUCCUGAAAAAGAACAGAGGAGCUUCUGCACUAAGUUCGUGGAAGACUUGGUGGAUUGGCUGGAUCUGUCCAAGUCGGUGCUUCCGGCGAUGGUGGCCUUUGCCAGUGGCUUAGGGGGAGAGGGAACUGAUACCUUUACUAAACUUCUCCUGGAGGAUCCAGCCUUGAAGUCCAACCCGACUGUCGUCACUCAGGAUCUGGUGUCCUUUUCUCUCCGUGACGGGUUUUACGAUUCUAGAAGCCGAGUGCUGAUAUCUCAUGUCUCGUGGCUGCUGCGCGUCCCACCAGGAACAUUGGAGAUCUGCGAGGAGUCUUUAAUGCAGAGCCUGAAGCAGCACACGGAGGAACCCUCAGAGUCGGUGCAGGCGUCUCGCAAAAAGAAGGAAAGUCGGAAAAAGUUAAAGAGAUACUUGCUGAUUGGUUUGGCCACUGUCGGGGGCGGCACCGUCAUAGGUCUGACUGGUGGGCUCGCCGCCCCUCUGGUAGCUGCUGGGGCUGCAACAAUUAUCGGCAGUGCAGGAGCAGCCGCGCUGGCAUCAACAGCUGGCAUUGCCAUUAUGGCGUCGCUCUUUGGUGCAGCUGGAGCUGGACUGACAGGUUACAAGAUGAAGAAACGAGUGGGAGCCAUAGAGGAGUUCGAGUUUUUGCCCCUCACCGGGGGACGGCAGCUACAUAUUAGUAUCGCUAUUACUGGUUGGCUGUCCACGGGGAAAUACGGAAGCUUUGUGGCACCCUGGCAGAGUUUGCUCCAUUCCUCAGAGCAGUACUGCCUAGCGUGGGAGUCCAAAUACCUCAUGGAGCUGGGCAAUACACUGGACACCUUGUUAAAUGGGCUGAUGAAUGUGGUGGCACAGGAGGCACUGAAGUUCACCAUCCUAUCAGGGAUCGUGACUGCGCUGACGUGGCCGGCGUCACUAAUCACCGUGGCCAGUGUGAUCGAUAAUCCUUGGGGGGUGUGUCUUAGCCGCUCAGCCGAGGUUGGCAAACACCUGGCACACAUACUGCUCAGUAGGCAGCAGGGCAGGAGGCCUGUCACUCUGAUUGGGUUCAGUCUCGGCGCUAGAGUCAUUUAUUUCUGCUUACAGGAGCUGGCACAGGAAUCAGGCUCAGAAGGAAUCAUUGAGGACGUGGUGUUGCUGGGAGCCCCAGUGGAAGGCGACGCAGAUCGAUGGGAGCCACUAACGCGGGUCGUGGCCGGGCGGAUCGUUAAUGGCUACUGCAGGGGGGACUGGUUGCUGAGCUUCGUGUAUCGCAGCUCCUCGGCCAAACUGAACGUGGCAGGUUUGCAGCCGGUGCUGUUGAAGGACAGGCGAAUGGUUAAUAUGGACCUCUCCUCUGUGGUUAAGGGGCAUCUGGACUACAUGAAGCAGAUGGACACCCUGCUGAAAGCUGUCGGGAUCAAGACCAAAGAGUGCCGGCUGGGAGAGCAGAGUGGCCUCCUGUACCAGCCCCCAGUCAUUGCUGCACAGCAGGAAAGCAAGCUGGUAGCCAACGACUCGGUAGAUACAGGACCGGACUCCUCUUGGGACUGGGAACCAGUAACAACGGGACGGGACUCGCAUACCGUGGAACAAAUAAACUGUUGCUCUGUAAAGGGCUGUGCUGGGAAUGAAACGGGUCAGCGGUGCCGGAACUGUGCCAACAACAACGAUUGCCCCUUUGGGGAACUGGGCGGGGCCUCUCAGUAGGACUGUAAGGAAUUCCUGUGUUUCAUUGGACCCGAGGGACAGCGAAUCACUCGCCUCUGUUAUGCCCUCGGCUCAGCAUCCAAUAGACUGUGAUAAAUAUUCAGUGUAUUUAACUACAACUGGAACCUGCCAACUAGGCGGCCAUGGCUAGAAGUCUGUGACUAGUGACUGUUUGUCUCGUGAUCCUUACAGUAUUAAUAGCGUCACUAAUUGUGCAAUGUAAUCAGUAUUUAUUUGGGUCCAGAUACAAAAAUCUGAAUUCCCGUGUAUUAAGCAACUCCAGCAGGAACAGCUCAUAGCCUGUACAGAGAGAUAGCAUAAAACUAUGGCACAUAGGGAUUCCCCUGUACUAAGCACAAUUCAGCAGGAACAGCCCCCUAAGUUUGCUCAUAGCCUGUACAGAGAGAUACCAUAGAACUAUGGCACAUAGGGAUUCCCCUGUACUAAGCACAAUUCAGCAGGAACAGCCCCCUAAGUUUGCUCAUAGCCUGUACAGAGACAUACCAUAAAACUAUGGCACAUAGGGAUUCCCCUGUACUAAGCACAAUUCAGCAGGAACAGCCCCCUAAGUUUGCUCAUAGCCUGUACAGAGAGAUACCAUAAAACUAUGGCACAUAGGGAUUCCCCUGUACUAAGCACAAUUCAGCAGGAACAGCCCCCUAAGUUUGCUCAUAGCCUGUACAGAGAGAUACCAUAAAACUAUGGCACAUAGGGAUUCCCCUGUACUAAGCACAAUUCAGCAGGAACAGCCCCCUAAGUUUGCUCAUAGCCUGUACGGAACACAGUAUUAUUCUCCUGUAUUUAGCCCAAUUCUGCAGGAAGUUAUUACAGGAUAUUGACCCUUAAAUGUCACUCCAAUGAAAUGAAGGUAUAAAGACUCGCUCCGUAUAGCGGGAAGUAUACCGGAACGCGCCUCUCGGGGUGAUGGCAGCGCGACAUUCACUCUUCUCAUUUACUUAUGUACUGAGGCUAAUUUAAAUGCUGCAUAAAUCAAUUGACUCCAUUCGAUUUGCACUUGUUACCCGUAGCAACCAAUCAGCUGUUUGCUUUAACAUAAAGGGGUGGGGUUUACCUUUUGGUCAACUUUUAGUAUGUUAUAGAAUGGCCAGUUCUAAGCAACUUUUCAAUUGGUCUUCAUUAUUUAUUUCUUAUAGUUUUGAAUCUCUUUGCCUUUCCUUUUUUCAAAUGGGGGUCACUGACCCCGGCAGCCAAACCCUAUUGCUCUGCGAGGCUCCAGUUUUAUUGUUAUUGUUACUUUUUUAUUCCUUAUCUUUCUAUUCAGUCCCUUUUCUAUUUCAUACUCCAGUUUCUCAUUCAGACCACUGCCUGGUUGCUAAGGUGGCCAAGCCCCUAGCAACCGAAUAGCUGUUUAGAUUCUGGAGAGCCACUAAGCAAAAACAACUGAAAAACUACAAAAAAAUGAAGACCAAUUGCAAAUUGUCUCAGAAUAUCAGUUAAUUUUAGGGUGAACGACGGCUUUUAUCAAUGGCUGCUGCAUUUUUUUUUUUAAAGGGGAACAUCACCCAAUUGAGCUUUUACUCUAAUAAUAAACUGGGAACAAAAAGCAAAAA